CAUGUAUCUUUCGUUUUCCAAGCAUCCACAGAUUCACUGGACUCUGGAGGCUAGCUAUUUCCUCAACCACUUGCAUCUAUAUAUCCUCAAACUAACCCCACACUUUUGGCCAUUUUAACCAAACACACACACACAUACAAAUACUCUCUCUCUCUCUCUCUCUCUCAAAACCCGAAGCCACAGGAUCACCACUUUCUUUCUCUCUCUCUCUCUCUAAAUUGCACAACAGAGCUGCGAGUGUCCUUUACGACUUGCAUACCUCCAAAUGCAGUCGAGUUCAGUUCUAUCGCUCUCACCCAGCUUCAAUAGCUAUUCCUCGUGCAAUUUGGCCGAGAUUGCUGCCAGAGUUGUUGAAGAAUUCAGAGCUGAAUCGGAGUCAGCAGAGAUUGAUGAUGAUGUGUUUGGCUUCAAAAACGAAGAAUCGUUUGAGGAUAAGCAACCAAUCAUUAUUCAAGACGAAGAAGUGGAGAAGAAGAAGAACGAAGAAGACGACAACGAUGAGUUUGAGUUCGCUUUUGUUUGCAGAGAGCCUAAUUCGUCUCCGAUUUCGGCCGACGAUAUCUUCUACAACGGUCAGAUCCGACCUGUUUUCCCGAUCUUCAACAGAGAUUUGCUGUUAGGUCAUGCCGGAAAUGAAAACUCUGUUCCUCCUAAGCCUCCUCGGCUUCCUCUCAGGAAGCUUUUCAUCCAAGAGCGUGAGACUCCGUCGUGUUCGUCGUCGGAAUCCGACGAGCUGGACCGGAUUCCGCCGGGAACGUACUGCGUCUGGAAGCCGAAGGCGGCGGGGGCGGAGUCGCCGGGAAAAUGCAAGAAAAGCAACUCGACGGGAUCAUCGAAGCGGUGGAAAUUCCGAGACCUCCUUCACCGGAGCAACAGCGAAGGCAAGGACACCUUCGUCUUUCUGACUCCGUCGAAUUCGAAUGGAAAGAAGAGAGGCGAGAAGGUUGAGAAAUUGACGGAGGCGGCAUUGAAAUUGGCCGGAGAACUGAAGGCGAAUGGAGUUGCCGCCGACGGCGGUGUGUCGCCGGCGGUGCACUACGCGAGGAACAGAACGUUGAAGGACGGAGAUCGACGGCGGUCGUUCCUUCCGUACAGGCAAGAUAUAAUAGGGUUCUUUGCUAACGUGAACGGAUUGAGCAGGAAUAUCCAUCCCUUCUAAGACACUUGAUUUAAAUUUCUGAUUGGGUAUAUGUUUUUUUGGGUUAGGGUUUUAAUUAAUAUAUGUAUGAGUUACGAUGCGUUUGAUAGUGUUGUUUGUUAUUACUUCUGUAAAUAUUACUAGUAUUUGGAACAAUUUGCAUAUUUUGGUGAAAUGAAACUGCUUACUUUAGAAGGAAA